GGCAGACCGGAGGCAGAGCGAAUCACGGAGCAGCUGAAGGAGCUGGAGGAGGCGUGGGCCCGGCUGCAGGACGAGAUGGCCAAGCGCAGGGAGAGGCUGAGCGGCUCCAGCUUGGCCCAGCACUACUACAACGACGCGGAUGAGGCGGAAGCAUGGAUAGGGGAGCAGGAGCUGUACAUGAUCGCGGAUGAAAAGGCCAAGGAUGAGCAGAGUGCCAUGUUGAUGCUAAAGCGCCACGUGAUCCUCAAGCAAGCAGUGGACGACUAUGCCGACUCCAUUCAGAAGCUGGCUGACCGUGCCCAAAAAAUGUUUGCCGAGGACCAUCCUGAUGGCGAGGAGAUCAUCAGGCGACAGGGCCAGGUGGAUAAGCAGUACGCAGGGCUGAGGGAGCUGGCAGAGGACCGCAGGAAGAAGCUGGACCACACUUACCACCACUUCCUGCUGAGCCGAGAGGUGGAGGACCUGGAGCACUGGAUCGCAGAGAGAGACGUGGUGGCUUCCUCUCAGGAGAUGGGCCAGGACCUGGACCACGUCACGCUUCUGAGGGAUAAGUUCAGAGAGUUUGCCCGCGAGACGGGAAUGGUGGGUCAGGAACGAGUGGAUUUGGUCAACGAAACGAUAGACGAGCUGAUCGAAGCCGGCCACACGGAGGCAGCCACCAUGGCAGAGUGGAAGGACACCAUCAAUGAGAGCUGGGCUGAUCUGCUGGAGCUCAUCGACACUCGUGCUCAGCUCCUCACUACAUCCUACGAACUGCUCAAGUACUUUGAUGAUGGGAAGGAGCUCGUGGUUCAGAUCCACGAGAAGCAGAAAGAGCUGCCUGAAGACGUUGGAGAGGACUUCAGCAAAGCUGAGUCCUUCCACAGAAUGCACGCUGCCUUUGAGAGAGACAUCACCGCUCUAGGCAAACAGGUUCAACAGUACCAGGAGACUGCUUCACGGCUUCAUGCCCAGUAUGCAGGGAGCCAAGCGGAUGCCAUCCAGGCCUCAGAGCGGGAGGUGGUGGAAGCCUGGAAGGGCCUGCUGGACGCCUGCGACGGCCGCAGGGCGCAACUGGUGGACACGGCUGAAAAGUUCCGCUUUUUCACCAUGGUGCGAGACCUGAUGGCUUGGAUGGAGAGCACCAUCCAGCAGAUUGAGACUCAGGAGAAACCCAGGGAUGUCUCAUCUGUGGAGCUCCUGCAGAAGUACCACCAGGGGAUCCGCUCCGAGAUCGAGGCCAGGGGAGCAAAAUUCACUGACUGCAUAGACCUCGGCAAAGCCCUGCUGACACGCAAGCACCGAGACUCUGCUGAGAUCAAAGAGAAGCUGGUCCAGCUGAUGGAGAAAAGGAAGGAGAUGAUGUUCAAGUGGGACGACAGAUGGGACUGGCUUAGACUCUUGCUGGAGGUGUGUCAGUUUGCACGGGACGCCUCAGUGGCUGAGGCCUGGCUGAUCGCUCAGGAACCCUACGUGUCCAGUAGAGACCUGGGUCACACUGUAGAUGAGGUUGAGAAACUCCUCAAGAGGCACGAGGCCUUCGAGAAAUCCACCGCCACCUGGGAAGAGCGUUUCUCUGCAUUGGAGCGCCUCACUACGCUGGAGUUGUUGGAGCUCAGGAAUCAGCAACAAGAGAUGGAGCAGUUCAUUAAAGAGGAGCAACGUUCAGACAAAGAGAGCAGGUAUGCACACUCCCACACACAUGCAGAUCUUUAUACG